AUGAAACACGUGUGGAUCUCUGUCUUGCUGCUUUGUAUGACAUGUCAAGUGGGUCGUGGCCAGACCACAGCAGAGGCAUUGAAAGAGGCGGAGGCUAAUGACAACAUCACCAUCUUCACGCGGAUACUGGACGGACUGCUGGACGGCUACGACAACAGACUCAGACCAGGACUUGGAGAAAAGGUCACGGAGAUCAAAACCAAUAUAUUUGUCACAAGCUUUGGCCCAGUUUCAGAUACUGAAAUGGAAUACACCAUUGAUGUGUUUUUCCGACAAAGCUGGAAAGACGAGCGCCUGUGUUUCAAAGGACCCAUGGAGAUGCUGCCUCUGAACAACCUCCUGGCCAGUAACAUCUGGACCCCAGACACAUUCUUCCUCAACGGGAAAAAGUCUAUCGCCCACAACAUGACCACGCCCAACAAGCUACUGAGACUGAAGGAUGACGGAACGCUGCUCUACACUAUGAGGUUAACCAUAUCGGCGGAGUGUCCCAUGCAGUUGGAGGACUUCCCAAUGGAUGCUCAUGCUUGCCCUUUGAAGUUUGGAAGCUAUGCCUAUCCAGUCUCUGAGGUGGUGUACCUCUGGCAAACCGGUGCUGCCAAAUCUGUAGUGGUGGCAGAAGACGGAUCCCGUCUCAACCAGUACCACCUGAUCGGCCAGACUGCAGGCUCUGAGGACAUCUACACCAGUCGAGGUGAGUACACCGUCAUGAUGUGUCACUUCUACCUGAAGAGGAAGAUUGGUUACUUUGUCAUUCAGACCUACAUGCCCUGCUUCAUGACCGUGAUCCUGUCCCAGGUGUCCUUCUGGCUCAACCGUGAAUCUGUACCAGCCAGGACCGUCUUUGGUGUCACUACAGUGCUGACUAUGACUACUCUCAGUAUCAGCGCGCGCAACUCGCUGCCUAAGGUGGCCUACGCCACAGCCAUGGAUUGGUUCAUCGCUGUGUGCUAUGCGUUCGUCUUCUCCGCACUUAUCGAGUUUGCCACCGUCAACUAUUUCACCAAGAGGAGCUGGGCGUGGGAUGGCAAGAAGGCCAUGGAGGCUCAGCACCCAAAGAAAAGGGACCCUAUGGUGCUUUCUAAGAAGCCCAACAACGUCUGUACAGCAGGAGUGAACUACACCCCCAACAUCACUAAGGAUAUCUCUAUCUCCACCAUCUCCAACAGCACCUCCAUACAACUAAGAUCGUCUGAAACAGAAGUUCUGGACCCCAAGAAAACCUACAACAGCGUGAGCAAAAUCGACAAAAUGUCCCGGAUAGUUUUCCCUGUCCUAUUUGGAACCUUUAACCUCGUGUACUGGGCUACUUACCUCAACAGAGAACCGGUCAUCAAAGGAGUCAACAUAUUGGCUCCAACAUAG